ACCAAGAGCACAUAUCUAAAGAAUCAAGAAUUUGAAGACUUGACAGUGAAUAUGGCGGAGAAUACUUGGGACUAUAUCAUCUGCGGUGGGGGAACAUGUGGUCCAGUCGUCGCCGGUCGAUUGUCAGAGGACCCAAGCCUCAAGAUCCUCAUCCUUGAGGCGGGCUCGCACAGCAAGGACAUGGACAAUGUUCACAUGUCUGGAGCAUGGACGAAAAAUCACUAUGGACCAACAGACUGGAAUAUCGUAUCUCCGCCACAAGUGGGCUUGAAUGGCAAAGAAUGCAGACUUCCUCGCGGCAGAUUUCUUGGUGGCAGUAGUGGAUCCAAUGGAACGAUUUGCAUACGUGGAGUCAAACAGGAUUAUGAUGAUUGGGGAUUCCCAGAAUGGAAUGGAGAUGAGAUGUUCCGAGCGAUGAGAAAGGCAGAGACAUUCCAUCCCAAGGAGUGGUUCCCACACGAUCCAAGCGCUCACGGCACCGAUGGUCCUCUCCACAUCGAGCCUGCUCUGCCUCCUAUUCCGAUUGCUCAGCGUAUGUUUGAGUCGUUCCAGUCGAAAGGCCUUCCAUACAAGCCAGAUAUGUUCAGCACAGGAGAAUCACCCAAAGGAUGUGGCCAUGCGAUGCGAACGACAUGGCAAGGUUAUCGAACAACGGCAGCUGACUAUGUCAUCAAGGACAAGGAGCGGGAAAAUGUCACAAUCAAGUGCGACGUGACCGUCGACAAGGUUAUCCUUGAGCAAGGUGCGGAUGGUCUCGAAGCGAAGGGUGCCGAGUACGUCGAUGCGGAGGGCAACAGAUAUAAGGCCUUCGCCUCACGAGAAGUUAUCUUGGCUGGUGGAACAUACAACACACCAACGAUGCUGAUGCGUUCCGGCAUUGGACCGAAGAAGGAUCUCGAGGCGCUUAAUAUCCCAGUACAGCUCGACCUUCCCGGUGUCGGCGAGAACCUGCAGGACCAUCAGCUCAUCUUCAUGUACUAUGAGCUCAGCGAGCCCGAGCUCACAGACGAUGCUCGCGUGAACCACGACCCCGAAGCAUAUGCGAAUGGCCACAAGGAGUGGCUCGAGAAGAAGACGGGCUGGUUGGCCAACUUCCCAUUUGGUGCGUUCGGCUUCAACCGCCUCACCGAUCGCCUCGAGAGGGAUAGCGCAGAAUGGAGAGCACUUCCAAGAGCGCCAGGUCGCGACCCCAUGGGCCUCACUGAAGAUCAGCCGAACUGCGAAUUCUUCAACACCAUCUGCUAUGGCGGACCACCCGAAUACACGGACUUCCCGAAGGAGGGACAAUGGGCAUUCUCGAUGUGCUGCUUCCUUUGCGGUCAACAAUCUCGUGGCCACGUCAAGAUCAAGUCUCUUGAUCCUUUCGCGCCCCCAUAUGUCGACCCAUGCUAUCUCACCGACAAGCGCGAUCUGAUGAUGAUGUCCGAAGGUGUUCGUUUCGCCAACGAGGUUGUCAUGGAAGGCGCGGGUACCAAGAACGUCGUCAAGGGAGGCUGGCCUGCGGGUGCGAAUCACCACUUGAACAAGACCAAUGAGGAUUGGCAAGCGUUUGUGCAGAAGUACGCUUCGACAUCCUACCACCCUGGCGGCACAUGCAAGCUUGGCAAGAAGGAUGAUCCGAUGGCUGUUGUUGACCAGUACCUUCGCGUAUACGGUGUCAAGAACCUUCGCGUGGCCGACUGCAGCAUCAUGCCUAACCUCAACAGUGGUCACACUCAGAUGCCGGCGUUUGGCAUUGCUGAGAAGGCUGCAGAGUACAUCCAGGCGACGUACAAGGGCGAGCUCCAGUAGACGACUUCCUUUGUUGGGUCGAGGUCAGUCUCCCCGUGUCUUUGUAUAUACAGUAGCGAUUUCCAGUAGCUCGAUCGAAGCCUCCUUGGCGUGUUGCAGGCUCUCUC